AUGCCACCCCAACACCAACUCCGCCGAUCAGGCCAGGGCCAGGAUUUGCCAGGCCAGACUGGCCUCCAGCUGCCAGACUGGCCUAGCUGCCAGACUGGCCUAGCUGCCAGGCCAAUGAAGGCCAGGCCGGCCUAUCCCAGGCCAGACGGCCAGCCGCCACCACCACGGGCCAGCCUCCGGCAUACCCAGGCCAGGCCGGGCACAGCCGGGCCAGACUGGCUCAUUCCAGCUGUAGCCAGUCAGCCGCCAGCCCCGGCCAGCCACAGCCUGGGCCCAAAGCCGGGCCAGGCCGCCCAGCCGGGUUAG